AUGCGUACCCACACAGGAGAGAAACCUUAUACAUGUGAAGUAUGCGAGAAGUCAUUUAAUCAAAAAUGUAUUUUAAAGAGACAUAUGCUUUCUCACACAGGAGAGAAACCUUAUAUGUGUGAAGUAUGUAAGCAGACGUUUACUCGGAAGAGUAAUUUAAACAUGCAUAUGCUGGUUUACACAGGAGAGAAACCUCAUAUGUGUGAAGUAUGUAAGAAGAUGUUUAGUGACACGAGUGGUUUAAAAAGUCAUAUGCGUUUUCACACAAGAGAAAAACCCCAUAUGUGUGAAGUAUGUAAGAAGAUGUUUAGUGGCACAAGUAGUUUAAAUAGUCAUAUGCGUAUUCACACAAGAGAAAAACCCCAUAUGUGUGAAGUAUGUAAGAAGAAGUUUGCUCAAAAGAGAGAGAAGCGUCAUAUGUGUGAAGUAUGUAAGAAGACAUUCAGUUUAAAAGCCAGUUUAAACUACCAUGUAGCACAUACUCACAGAUAA